UAUUUAUYGUCUUCUACUAAGAAUGGGUCCGAAGUAACAAGAUUAAUUAAUCAAGAUAACACGACUAAAACCAUGACUUUAAGUUAUGAGGAAGAUCAAAAAAAUCAUCCUGUUAUUGGUAUUGAAAACACAAAAGUUAUGGUUUUACAAACAGCUAACUUGACAAACUCUUCAUCAACUGUUUUUCCGAGUUCAAUUGAUAAGAAAUUUGAAAUCAACAAUUUUAUACCUGAACAAAACGCAAUUGAGAAAUGCUCGUUGAAUGAAAGUUUUUGCAUAAAAGUUGAUAAUUAUCCAAGAGAAGAUUUAUCAAAUCUUUUUAGAACGAGCAAGUUUUCGUCAAAUCCUUAUUAUGAUGUAGAUGUUAUAAAUGAGAUAAAUGAUAUUGAAAAAAGAACAUCAGAUGAUCUACUUCAAUCAUUCUGUCAGUCAAGAACAGCAGUUAUAUAUCCGGAAGCAGGCCUUACAUUCAACAACGAAUGGCGUUAUAUUAUACAAAAUCCAACAAAUGACAAUUCCAGCAUUAAACAAGGAAUUUUAGUAGAGAAAUGUGUCGAUACUAGAGUUCCGUGCACUUUUGAUUCUUCAUUACCAUUAGGAUACGUUUCAACAUGUAUACAAAAAUAUCUCUACAAAAGAUUGAUAACCAUUGGAGGAAAAAAUGAAUUUUAUUAUGAUACUUUUAAAAUGCCAUCUUGUUGUCAGUGCAUGUAUAGUGCAAAUGAAGAUUGGUAA